CUUUUACUCUAGAAAAACUAAAUCAAUUUGCAGUUAUGCGCUUUUCAUCCAUUGUUGUUGUCACAACAGCGAUCUGCUUCGCAGCUACUACUACAACUAGUGUCGUCCGUGCAGUUCCUAUUCCAGCCGAGGACAGUCCAGAUCCACCAAGGGUUUUUCCAAAGGGCGCUCCAACACCAAAUCUCAGUGCUGUUGUUCCAGACAGUCAAGGAUACGCCGCAGAUGGCUCAAAGAAACCAUCCCCAGUACUUGGUAACAGCAAGAUCACUUUACGACGAAAAAAGCGUGAUGCCCCAAAGACAGCAGGACCGAUUGGUACUGUUUUAGGCACAGUAACGCCCGUCGCUGGUGCCGCAACCAGUCCCGUUACUGGAAUGACGACAGGCCCUGCCAAAGGCGCCACGAUGGCGGUGACUGGUGUACAAAGUCUCCCUCCUGCAGGCCCAAGCGACCUUGAUCUAGCAAAGAAAGUGGCCGAAGUUGAAGCCAAUGGUCAAGCCAUUGCUGGAAGCGGUGAUGCUGCGCUUGGAUCGGGACCACCAAAAAAGCAACCAUAG